AUGUUCGAAGUGACGCCUACAGCCAACAGAGGACAUAAGUACUGUUCUAAGUUCGACCCAACUAUCAGUAUCCGUAAACUAACCAUACAUCUUUUCGACUCGAGUGAGGACAGCCCCACAGGUCACAGUUCGCAGACAAGUUGCCCAGGACAAGCCAGUGCCAGAGAAUCGCUCGUUUUCAGGAUCUUUGGCGUAUGCAACAAUUUCGCGUAUAGUGUGAUGCUCAGUGCAGCACAGGACAUCCUCAACAAACAUAAAGGCGAGGAUCCAAUCGAGGACAACGUCACGGAUUCUCGAUGUGUGGAGGAAAUCGUCUACAGGAUCUGUUCACCAACAUCAACCGGAGUUGUCCUGAUAUGCAAUAUUCUUCCGGGUCUAUGUGUUAAAAUGCUUUGCCCAUUAGUCAUGCAUCGGAUUCCAUAUUGGGUUCGGCACACUGCGGUCUGUGUGGCUCAGGCAUCAUCGCUUUUCAUUACCGCAUUUGCUGAUUCCGUACCAGUGGCAUUGGGCGGAGUUUGUCUUGGGUCGUUUUCCAGUGGUCUCGGUGAAACCACCUACCUCGGAUUGGCUGGGCAUUACUCGAAGCACACAAUCGCCACAUGGUCAUCUGGGACUGGUAUGGCUGGAGUGGUGGCUGCGUUCUCCUAUGCUGGUCUAACGGAUCAACGGCUGCUAGCGCUCACACCUGCUCAAGCAAUGCUGGUUAUGCUUGUGGUGCCGGCUAUUUUCAUGUUCACGAAUCCUGUAGAUAAGCAAAUCGCCCUAGGAGACCCACUUCCAGCUGAAUCGGAUGAGGACAGAAUUCUAGCGAAACGAUUGUCCACUGUCAAGAGCCUUCUUAAAUACAUGAUACCACUGUUCCUAACCUACUUCGCCGAAUAUCUGAUCAAUCAAGGAUUGCUCGAGCUCACGGUGUUCGAUUGCAAACAUGGUUUUGGCACGAGCCCAGCAUCGCAAUACCGCUGGUAUCAGGUACUUUAUCAAGUUGGCGUAUUCAUCUCACGUUCAUCGAUUAAAGUUGUUCAAUUGAACAUGCUUUGUAUCGGUCUGAUGCCUGUUUUCCAGCUCCUCAACACGGCAUUCUUCAUGCUGAACGCUAUCUAUGCGUUCAUACCGAACUUCGCAAUUGUCUGCGCUAUCGUCCUCUAUGAAGGGUUGAUUGGAGGCGGAUCUUAUGUGAACACAUUCCAUCACAUCCACAAGAAGAUCGACCCAGAAGUUCGGUCCUUCGCCCUGUCGACUGUUUCGUUGGCCGAUUCGGUUGGAAUUUUGCUGGCAGCUCUUACCUCUAUCCCGAUUCACAAUGCUAUCUGUGCCAUGAAGUGGUAUCACUAG